CGACGAAUGCCGAAUUUCCGCGCCAUUUCAGGGGACAUACAAUACGUCUGAACCAGUUUGAUCGUGCUGGGGAUGAGAAAUGUCAAAUUAAUUUCAAGAGUUUUGCGGUUCCUUGCCUCCUCGAAUGUUGUACGAUGUAUAUGUAAUUCUCUUUGGGGAAUAACUGAACUAAUCAGCUAUGUUGCUACCGUCCGACAUAGCGAGGCUUGUUUUGGGUUACCUGCAACAGGAGGGUCUAUCCGCUACAAGCCAGGCCUUCAUUUUAGAAAGCCCCAAUCUGAAGGAAUACGCGGAGCACAGCACGGACGAUGGGACAAUCCCUGCCUGCGUGUUUUCCUUGUUUGGGAAAAAUCUGACAACGAUCUUGAAUGAAUAUGUUGCCGCUAAAGCCACGGAAACCAGCCAAGAACCACAAAUACCCGCCAUGAUGACAUCAUUGUGGAAGAAGUUAGAAUUCACUCUAAACCAAAUCAAAUGUAUGCAGAAUUCACCAGCGGUGCACCAGAACCAGCGACUCCGUACUCGCAACGGAAUUAUGAAUCUGAGGCGGCAGAGGGCGCUGUCAUCCCCUUUGUCCCCAGCCCCCAGGAUUCCUUCAUCCCCAGCCCCAUCUGGCCACUACAUUCCAAGCCCCAUCUCUGCCCCUCAAAGCAUUCUGGGACACACGGCAGCAGUUUGCUACAGCUCCCUGCAGACCCGGACUACUCCGAUUUGCCAGCCUCAGGUCCAGGAUGGGAGCAGACUUUUCAUCAGCGUGAACCGAGAUUCCCCUCUGCAAGUUGCGGUUCCUGAGCACAGGAUAAACCCCGGUCCAUUAUCCCCUGCCCGUAGAAAAUGUGACUCCCCGAGGAGGAGGGGAGGGGGCCUGAGUGGGUGCAGUGGACCGGGGCGGGGCAGUUUGCUACCUAACGUACCCCCCCCGGAGCUGCAGAGCGAGUCACAUCAGGAGGCAGUCAGCGAGAAUUUCCCCCAAAUGGUUAUAGAGAAUGCAAGGGAGAAGAUACUGAACGACAAGUCACUGCAAGAAAAGCUGGCAGAAAACAUAAACAAAAUCCUGGGAAGUGAAAUUAGUCCUCAGGCCUCAAAGCAAGCAGCGUGCAGUUCAGUGGAGCAGGACCAGUCCAUAGAUGAGAUACUCGGCCUACAGGGAGAAAUCCACAUGACAGAUGAUGCCAUCCAGGAUAUCCUAGAGCAGACGGAAUCGGAUCCGGCCUUUCAAGCUCUCUUUGACCUUUUCGAUUGCGGUAAAGACAAAAAUAGCGACGCCGAUCACCACGGAGAUGUGAACACCAGCACUCCCAGCUUGGAGAGCAAUGAGGCGGAGCCGAGCGACUGCUUUUCUGUGACCUCGGAUCAGGGUGCUGGCCCUGAGGAUUCAGCCCCUGGCACCGAGACUCCUAGAAAGACGAGGACGCAAAAAGUACCGGAGCUGAAAAGCAAGAAAAGUAGGAAAAUCACACACCCUCUUUCAAGCACCUCAAGGACGACUCAGGCAUUGAAUCCUCCACGUCCAUCCGAUGAAGUAAGACCAGAUCUGCCUUCUCAGAUGAAAAUGUCGACUGAGGGCAAAACCUUAGUCUGUGACGAUAGAGAGGCAAGGACUUUGCAGCCUCUCCCACAGGGCAGCCCCAUCAAAGACGCUAAUCCGACCGUGGUGGAGAAUGUCCCGGAAAUGCCUCCAGAAGAAGACACAAGCAUGGAUGUUGACGGACCAUCUGGUGCCACAUCGCAAGAGAACGCUGGGCAGUUUAUUCUUCAGCCUGAGUUCCAGCAAAUCCCCCAGGCCUCCAAAGAUCCUGGAGGACGACCAAGUCGAACUUCACCAUGCGAGUCUGAGAGGGACCCCUCUGAGGCUGGAGAGGUCAACCCUGCUGAGAGGACCUCUGAGAUCAGCCUGGAUUUGGAGGCGGCUGAGGUGUCUGUGUUGGGUUUUUCCAUUGAGGUUCCUCAUGUUCUGGAACAUUCUGCUGAACCCCAAAUUCCAGAAGCAUCGCCUACUUUGUCCAUUAAUACUGACAGCGCAGUUGUAAAUAACCAGAAAGCAGCACUGGAACAUUCCCCAUCUUCCCAGAAAGGUUCGCCCUCCCUUGGUCAGGCUGCACAAGGCUCAGCGGCAACAACACAAGAGAUCACCCAUCUUCCUGAAGAUAGUUCAGCUUCUCCACCUGAAGCUACUCUUUCAUUGUCUUCUGCCCUUGCCCCGUCCCCUGCCAAGGAACACAACACUAGUAAAAUAGUCUCGCUGAAGAUCAUCAUCAGCGACGAGCAGGCAGGAGAUUCUGCCCUCUGCCAGGCGGUCUCCAGCAUCACGGGCGACCAGGUCCCCACCAUCAUCCUCUCCUCGCCGGCCAAGUCCCCCGCCAAAGCUCCAGGAGGCUUCUCUGUGACGGCGGAGGAGACCGUGCAGGCUGUGAGCUGUUUACAGUGCACAGAGCUCACCGGCAAACCCGCGGAGCCGGUGGCUGGUGUGGACGAGAACCUGCAACUCUCGCUUCCCGGCGAAUUGGUGUCAGAAGGGGGGUUUAUCCAGUUGCUGCCCUCUGCAGCCUCUUAUGGGGGCUCCAGCAACUACUUCAUCGUGACGGAUCAGUCGAUGGUCAGUCACUCGCCUGGCGUGGUGGUGCUGCCCGACGGUUCUCCCCUAGGCCCGGUGGCCAGCCCCACACACAUCCUGGCAACUCCUCCUCGAGCUCGGUCCAUCUCUGUGACGCAGGAUGCCUCAAAGACCUACCCAUCUGGUUCGACACUCAUCAUAACAUCACCCGUGCAGCCCAUGCUGCAAAGCAUGAUGGUACCAGCAUCUGUGGUCAGCCAAAAGAAUACUGGGACAUUUACCAUAGUCUCCAAUCAGCUGGUGACCUUGCCGGUUACUUCUGCGAAAGUUACACCCAGCUCCAAAUCGAAACCCAGACUGGCACCCAAGGAAACAGCCGGCUCUGGUAAAGCAGGUGCUCCUGUGUCUGGGUUGGAGGCGAAGGUCGAGAUCCCACUGAGGCCAGCUGUCCCCCUCCUGGCCCCCCAGGGCCCAGGACACCUGACACUCUCAGAUGCCGCCAUCACAGAAGCCGCCCCGGGCCCCAGUGCUCCCAGUCACCGCAGGAUGCUGUGCUUCGACACCGACAGCCCCGGCCAUGCGGACGCAGCCGCGCCAUCCGGAAUCGCCCCAUCGCCCCCAGUGACACCACAGACGGUGGUCUCUCAGCCCCCCGCCGUCUCCUCUACCUCGUCCCCUGCUGUCAGCGCGUCCCCUGCCAGGCAGCCUCCCAAGGAGAGUCCUGGCAGCUCGGGCAGCCGGUGUCCCAAGAUCCGGACCGUACAGCCAACCAUCCUCAGGGGCAGCAGGGCGGCAAGGGCCGAGCUGUUAAAAUGCCCCGAAAGUCUGACCACGCCUGAGAAUGAGAGGCCCCCCCUGGACUGUGCUGCGGGUGACACUAAGAAAUCCCCUAACGCCAAAAGUGACGCCGGUCUUGUGGCGAAAGCUCCGAGCGCCAUCGUGAGGACGGAGGCCACGCCGGCGGAAGCUCCCGGCAGGUCUGUGUUCGCGAGAAAGCAGCAGAUCGUGGACAAGAGGGAAUUCUCUGUGGCCGAGAGCGCGGGGCCUGCCAAAUCCAAGCCCGGUGGCGCCAAGAAGGAGGACCAGAGGAGCAGAACAGAGGCUGGGGAGAAACCACAGGCCAAAGGCCGGGAGGGUCGGGCAGAGCGGAGGGGCUCCUCGCUAGAGCCGCCCCAUGUCACGGCUAAUAAGGAGAACAGACUGGAAGGGAGUCGGUGUGAGCAUCACCCCAUGGGCCCUGCCCCGGUGGGAGAGCCCGGCCCGAACACCAUCGGAUCUCCGGCACCCAUCUCCCAGGCUGGCUCUUGCAAAGUCCCGAAUAAGACUAGCCCUCUGACCAAGCAGGCCGCCGAGAUGCUGCAGGACAUCCAGGGGCUGAUCCCGGCCUCCACGCCCUCUAAGAGGACGGGGCUAGGCUGCUCCGAGCUGUCCCACCCCAGAACUCCCAAUCUGGGUGGCGCGGCAGAGGAGCCUCCUGACUGCCUGCGGACUCCCAUCCGGCAGCGGCACGGCCGGGAGCGGGAGGGCACCCCCCGGCACCUCGUCGCCACGCCCGACGUCCCCACCUGCAGCCCGGCCAGCGAGGCCGGCAGCGAGAGCAGCAUCAACAUGGCUGCCCAGACGCUCAUCUCCCUGUCCCGUGCCGGCAGGGCCGGCACGCCCCUAAAGGACAGCAUUCUACAGCAGGGCGUGGCGUCCGCCGCAGUGAACAUCGCUACGGUGGCUCCCAAGGCCAAAAAGCGCAAGCAGUCGGAAUCACACACCACCCCAACUGCCAAGAAAGAGCUUCAUCUCUCUGGGUCAGCGUCCAGUAAGAAAAAGUCUAAGAAACAAAAGAGGCUGCUUGAUUCCUUCCCUGAUGACCUGGACGUCGAUAAGUUCCUGUCAUCGCUGCACUAUGACGAAUAAUCCUAUGCAGUUGCCGAGAGGGACGGCCUUCGUUUAGGUGGCCAUGCUGAUGGGCACCAUCCACGGUUUUCCAUUCGCUGUACCUGUGGCCACUGAGACGGCCUUGCAGGGUUUCGGCUGACCAAUACUAAGCAACUGUCAAAUCCUACUGCUGGAAACUGAAUGUGAUCGCUGGUAUCUCCACCUCAUAAUCAAAUUCAACCCCUUCGUCUUCAACGGCGUGCAGUCACACGUGUGUCAGGUAUGCCUACAGAACAUGAUGUACUCCAAGCAGCUCGGUUAGCGGAAGACAGGGACUCGGUAAAGGGAAUGAUGGUUUUUUUUUUUUUUAACUUUGAAAGAGAUUCCAUGCACUUUUAAUUUCUUUCUAUAAGAAAAUAAGACGUCAGCCUCAACACCCACUAAUUUAAAGUCAGAACAGCUUUUUUUUUUUUGCUUAAAAGUAAAGCUUGUUUGACCUGUAGUUCUCUUCCUUGUUGUUUUCCAUCUCUGCUGAGCCAGUCUGGUCCUUUUUGUAUUGUAUGAAAACUACAAACUGCCUCUUUGUAUUUAUGUCCUCAAGCAGUGUUACGAUGUAAAAAGAAAAUGGUUCUUCCCAUUUGUAUUAAUGUGCGCCCACUGUGUGCUUUUGUGUUGAAGCUCGGUUUUCAAUUAAAAUAUUUAACUAAC